AAGGGGGAAAAAAAGUCAAAAAAGGGAGAGGAGAGAAAAGAAGCCCCUUGGCUCGUUUAUAAAAAAACGUCGUCGCUUCGAAGGUCCUUUACCAUUGCUCCUACCUCUCAAAUCUCAAUCCUUCGAAAAAUCUUGUCAGUUUCAUUUCCCAUCCAAACACCACCCAAAACCAUGGCCCCGCGUGAGGAAAACGUCUACAUGGCGAAACUUGCUGAGCAAGCCGAGCGCUACGAGGAGAUGGUCAAGUUCAUGGAAAACGUCGUCUCCGCCGUCCCCGCCCCCGACGAACUUACUGUCGAGGAACGGAACCUCCUCUCUGUCGCCUACAAGAACGUGAUCGGCGCCCGCCGUGCCUCCUGGAGGAUCGUUUCCUCCAUCGAGCAGAAGGAGGAAGGACGUGGCAACGCUGACCACGUUUCCGUCAUCCGCGAGUACAGGGCCAAGAUCGAGGCCGAGUUGUCCGAGAUUUGCGCUGGUAUAUUGAAGCUUCUGGAUGACAAGCUUGUUCCGGGAUGCGGAAACGGGGAUUCCAAGGUUUUUUAUCUGAAAAUGAAGGGAGAUUACCAUAGGUACUUGGCUGAGUUCAAUACUGGCGAUGACAGGAAAGCUGCUGCUGAGAAUACGCUCACUGCGUAUAAAUCUGCUCAGGACAUUGCAAAUUCUGAGCUGGCCCCAACUCAUCCUAUCCGGUUAGGAUUGGCUCUGAACUUUUCUGUCUUCUACUAUGAGAUCUUAAAUUCUCCCGAUCGUGCUUGCAAUCUUGCGAAACAGGCUUUUGAUGAAGCCAUCUCGGAGUUGGAUACUCUUGGAGAGGAUUCAUACAAGGACAGCACUUUGAUAAUGCAACUUCUUCGUGAUAACCUCACUUUAUGGACCUCAGAUAUGCAGGAUGAUGGGACAGAUGAGAUCAAAGAAGCUCCCAAACAUGAGGAUGAGAAACAACAGUGAAGUCGCCAAUCUUUGUGAUAGUAAUUUUCUUCUCUGGUUGUUUUUGUAUGGAGAAGUUGCUUGGUCCCACUAUUCCUCUUGUUACUUGUUUUUAGGAAAUGAUGCCUCGGUAUAUGCACCUUGAAAUUUCUGCUAAAAAUUUAUUAGUAUUUCACUGGUUAUUCUUUUCGUGUUGAAGCUUUCUAAUUGCAUUGAGGCUAUGUGCACUCUUGCUUAAUUAUUUCCUUGACAAUAAGGGAGCUGAUGAUUGAGAUAUUUUCUAAGCUUAAUGUUUGGAAGAUGAUUUCUUGGACGUAUCAGAUUCAUAUUUAUAUAGCUUUUGUUGUUUUACC